GGGGUGGAUAACACACGGGAUAUACACGGAGGGAAAGAGGAGGGCCAACAAAUUGUGGCUGGUGUUCAGUGUUCUGUGCCGUUGGUCGUCCUGUUGAUGAUCGCUGUCGACGCCGUUGGUUUUUACAUUUGUUGCGAUUUUGGGAAGAUAAUUGUUUCGUGAUAACGGGCGAGCGCGAGUGACGUUUCAUGUUGAACACGAGAGUGGUGCGGAGGACCUCGCGGCUGUCGCCUGCGCGAUAGCAUUUUAAAUGAUCGGCGACGGGACGGACGAGUGUCGUUGCACGUCGAAGACGGGAGGACACGCUCAGCAAGAUUUGCGCGUACAAAGGGGAGAGAAGAGAGGGCCGAUGUUGUAACGUACAGGGCCAAGAUGGAAGAGCGUAGCGUCCACAGCAGUAUCGGCGAUAUAAAUAGUGCGGAGGCGACCAAAACCUUAAUAAUACCACGCAAGAAAAGGAUAUGCUUAGUUGGUACAACCUGCAAUGAUCCUGCACUUAAUGUUGCUGUUCAGCAAUUCAAAGUGCCAGUACUUAAAUCUGAAACUGGCACAGAAUAUGUUGAAGAUACUACCUACAAUACCUAUUUUAUACUCAAACAAUUUGAAGGGUCCGAAUAUGAUGCUUUAUGCAAGAGUGCCCAUAGAGUACUGGGACCUACGGCUCUGCUACAAUUGGCAGAGAAAAAAGAACCUUUGCCCAGUAUUAAAAGACCAAUGUAUACACAAGCUAUGGUAGGCACAAUAGUAGUAUUUAGUGGAUUUCGAGCUAGAGAGGAUGAACUGCGCAAGUUAGCUAAUAUGAUUCUUAAUAUGGGAGGUAGCAUCCGAAAAGAGAUGGGUAUUAAAGUGACGCAUCUUAUUGCAAAUCAUUGCAGUGGAGAAAAAUACAGAUACGCUGACACAUUUGGAUUGCCUAUCAUGUCGAUAGAAUGGGUGAUAGCAUUGUGGAAUACCAAAGACGAUAUCUCCACAUAUGCGAACAAUGAGGAAUUGAUAGCAACUUAUAAACUAAAGCCAUUUUAUGGGGCAAAAGUAUGUUUUUCUGGUUUUCCUGAAGAAGAGAAGAAGCAUAUGUGUGAAGUUCUGGAGCAACAGGGCGGCGAACCUACUGAGAUCGAUGAUCCGAAUUGCACUCACGUCGUCGUUGAUGAGUCCAAUGUAAAUGUAUUACCAAAUUUAGUGUCAGUAUCUGCAUUCAUAGUAAAAACCGGAUGGUUUUGGACAUCUGUACAAAAUGAGGCCGCCGCUGAUGAAAAGGAGUAUCUAUUUGAACACUAUCUAGAAAAAGUUCUGUCCCCUACUGCGACGGGUAGACGAGACAGUCAACAGAUUGUAUCACAGAAUGUAACAUUGUCAAAGCACCCCUGUUGGUUAGGUGGUCCAUUAUCUAAUUUGUUACAAAAUGGAGCAGAUUCACCAGCCAGUGUCAGUGGAAGCUUUCUAGAUUGUACAGCAAGUCCUGAUAAACAAUUGCUAGACGAGGUAGAAUCUGUUGCUAUAGAACAUUUACCGAUAGUUAAAGAAAAUUUGUCGCAACGUCAUAAAGUCUUUCUCGAAUUGGUAGAGACUGAGGCCAAUUAUGUAGGUAUCCUUAAUACAAUUAUGACGUUAUUCAAAUUGCCAUUGGAAAAUCUUAUAGGUAAAAGUGGGAAAGAGUUGCUAAAUAGCACAGAAGUGAAAAUUAUAUUUGGUAAUUUCCCACCUAUUUAUGACGUUCAUAAACAAUUGUUGGAGGCAUUGCAUUGUAGUGCCGCUCAUUGGACAGAGGAUAUUAGCAUUGGCGAAAUAUUUUUAAAGUUUGAACCCGAUUUGGUUAAAGCGUAUCCUCCAUAUGUAAAUUUCUUCGAAAAUACAAAACAAAUGUUGGAAGAAUGUGAUCAAAAUAAGCCACGAUUUCAUGCCUUUUUAAAAAAUUGCCAGACAAUACCGGAAUGCGGUAGACAAAGCUUAAAGGAGCUCUUGAUUAAACCAAUACAAAGGUUACCCAGUAUUAGUUUAUUAUUAAGCGAUAUUCUUAAGCAUACAGACAAAAAUAAUCCAGACUAUAGUGCAUUGGAAGCUUCUAUUAGCUGUAUUAAGAAAGUGAUGACAUAUAUAAAUGAAGACAAAAGGAAAACAGAGCGCCAAUUAGCAAUGUUCGAUAUCUUUAAUGAGAUUGACAAUUGUCCACCGCAUUUAGUUUCUUCGCAUAGGUCAUUUAUCAGUAAAUGUGAUGUAAUGGAAGUUACGGAAGGUCUUAGUGGACGAGGUGAUCAUUUAGUAUUGUUCCUGUUUACCGAUACUCUCGAAAUAUGCAAGAAAAGAUCGAAAGCUUUCAACUCGUUAAAGAGUCCAAAUACUAUAAAUGGUUUGCAAUCGAUUAAACUUAGUCAAGGAAAACCAUAUAAGCAUAUCAAAAUGUUGUCCCUAAGUACUAUAAGAAAAGUUGUGGAUAUACGAGAAACUGACGAAUGUCACAAAGUGUUUGCACUAGUGGUACGAGGGACUCAGGAACUGAAGGAAAAAUUCUUUUCGUUUAUAAUUACUGAUGAAGAAAUAAACAAAACGAAUUACCUACAGACCUUAUGCAGACAGAUGGCUCUUGCUGUCCGUGUAGCUGACGCUGAUACGUUACUCAUUAGAUAUGAUUCGCAUCAGCUUGAAGUUGGUACUAGCGAUGUGGCAUCAGGAACAUUAAAGAAAACAAUUAAGAGCCUAUUUCAUAAUUUUUACCUGGAGUAUAUGGACCCGUAUGUCUUCCUACUCAAUAGCAUGUGUGAAACCACGUUACAUGUCCCACUACCGUUUGCAUCUCGUACAAGAGCCAGAGUCGGUCGAGCGUUUAGUUUCAAUAAAACGCCAAGCAAACUAAAUAGAGCGAUGUCUACAAUUAUGUCCCCGUUUGGAGUAACACAAAAUCUUCCUCCAUCAAACCAACAAAUAGCUCAGAUGCGGCUAGGUAGUUGCAACAAUAUCAGCGAGCUGGAUAAUGGUGGUUCAAGUUCUCCAAAUAGAGAGGAUGUUUUAGUUGCACCCAUGUCGGAUCAACCGACUCGAAAGGCCCUCAGUAUGGCUUCGCUGCGAAGGUUGUAAUUAAUAUGCAAGCAGUCAUACUUCCUUUUGCUACAGUCGUUUAGUAUUCUAAACAAAGAGACGUGCAUUUUUAACAAACCACUGUGAAUUUGUUCAGCGGGAAUCAUACACACACAAAGGAGGUCUGAUCUUUAAGCUAUAAAAAAAUUUACGUGCGGC